AUGAGUGCUUCUGGGAGCUUUAUUCCACCGCUUCUUAUAUUUCCCAGAAAACGAAUGUCGCCGACAUUGACGAAACAUGGACCAGUUGACGGGAUAUAUGCAGUUACCGAUAAUGGCUGGAGCAAUGAGAAAUGUUUCCUUCAGUGGUUAGAGCAUUUUAAAUUUCAUGUAAAUUCAAAUCUAGAAAACCCUGUUUUGUUGUUGCUUGACAACCAUUAUAGCCAUAUAUCUCUUCCGAUUUAUAAUUAUUGUAAAGGUAAUGGAAUCGUAAUGUUAUCAAUACCACCACAUACCUCCCACUUAUCAAUACCUCCACAUCGCUUGCAGCCUCUCGAUACCUCAUUUUUUGGACCAUUUAAGUGCGCGUUUAAUAAGGAAUGUGAUCUUUUUUUAAAAACUGGCAAGCAAGAAAAAAUAACUUUCGCCGAUUUGGCAGAAAUAUUUAAUAAUGCCUUCGUUAAAAUCGCGACUAUGGAAAAAGCUAUAUCAGGUUUUAACUCAACUGGAAUAUAUCCCUUUAAUCCGGAUAAAUUUACAAAAGAGGAUUUUGAAGCUGCUAGCCAAUAUCUACCUACUGUAUGUGAUGAUUUGGACUCUACAAAUGAGGUUGAUUCUGCGCCGUCAACUUCUGGUCUACUAACAUCUGUCCCGUCAAUUUCUGGCCUAGCAACAUCUGUCUCCUCAACUUCUGGACUAUCCACAUCUGUCCCGUCAACUUCUGGCCUGUCAGUUUCUCAUCAGUCGCGUAUUAAAGGAAAAUCAAGGUUAAGUGUCUUACCAAAAGAAAAGGUUACCAUUGCCGUCAUAUUCUGGGAAAGGAAAAACUAA